AUGGCCAGUGAACGAGAAGGGGAAGCGGCCACAAUGGCUGUGACAAAUGGGGAGCUUCAUCCACCAACAGAUGAAUCGCAAGUUCUAUUGACGCCCGGCAAACGAAAGCGCGCCUCAACUCCAGAUCGCAGCGAGAAUCUGACACCGAAUACCGCGGAAGAGGACAAGACCGAGCUCGACCAGACCUUGCGCUACCUUUUCCAAAUACUUGAAAAAGACGAUGAACACAUCGAACUUUUCAAGUAUCCUCUAACACCGUCGUCGCCAUCGAAACCCCGCUCCAAACGCGCGAAGCUGUCGGAUGAAGGCAGCGAGUUUCCCAGCAUAGAGACUCGUGUCGCGGCUGGUCGAUAUGCGUCUCUACAGGAAUUUGUGGACGACGUCGACAAGGCAUCAACAGCAGUUAUUGACAGCCAGCCGAGUACAGCUGGAGAAACCGAAGAAGACUCCUCUUUACAGACACAAAUACUAGCCUUUAAGAGCCACCUGCACAGCCUUUUAUCACAAGCACCGCCCCGCCACUCAUCCAAAAUAAAGACAGAGACGACGGGAGAGAAAGAAGGCCUGACUGAUGUUGCUCCUCAACACACAGGUCGGCAGGACAAGGCCGUUCUAACCCUCUAUGGUGGCAAUCCACCUAACGCGAAACAACUCUUCUCAAGCUUACCGAAAACGAACGAUACCUCUGCUACUACUGCGUCAGACGAUCCAACGCCCUUGCUAGAGGAUCGACUUCCAAAUGGCAUCACAACCACACAGGUUAUUCCAUUCAAUACGAGCAUGGAUGAGAAGCCAACCAAGACAUUCGGAGAGGUGUUUGCUCCUCGUUCUACCUUGCCUCAGCUGGAGCCGCCACGUCCCGGACGAUCCUGGGGAAGAGACCCCUCGAAGACCUGGAUAGACUCUUUUGACGCUGUCACAAAUUUCGACGCUGUUCUGGGGCAACGGCAUCAUUAUUCUUUCGCAAAGCUUCCUUCGACACACUGGCUGCAAUACGGAGGAGGGCGUUUUUCGUCUCCAUCGUUCUGGAAUCGGCGACAGAAGCAGGAAAAAGGCGACGAUGGUGCAGGCUCCAACUCUUACUCGAACAGCAUCGAUGAUGACACGAUUUUAUUCCAAGGCGCUUACUCUUCGUUCGCUCCCAGUUUUGACAGUUCCCACGCUGUCACUCCACUGGAUACGAAGAACGCUGUUUGGUGGGCUCAAAGAGGUGCGAGGCGUUUUAAUACAGUGCUGUCGCUCCACGAUGCACCUGCUUCGCAAGAAGAACAGCCGAUACUAGCAGAACUUGAUGAAUCUACGUUGGAUGAAGACGUCAAAUCAUUCCAGCCUGCUGAGACCCAGGAAGAUGGUGCUGAGAUCGACAUGCCGGCUCCUGAAGAGGAGAGCGAUUCUGACUCAAUUCUACGAGACAUCACAGAACUCCUAGAGACUCUAGACUCGUUCCGACGAAACCGCAAUCUAGAAUCUCCUCCGCGAGCAGAUUCAAAAGAUGUUAUCCUUUCCGAGGCGGAACGUGCGACAUACGACACCCUAAAGGCGAGCUUGGUGGCCAUAAUUGCCAAUCUGCCACCAUACGUUGUGUCAAAAUUGAAUGGCGACCAACUAGCCGACUUGAACAUCAGCCGGAAGAUAUUAGUGGAUGGCCCAUCAUACAGUGGCACCAUGGAGGAAGAUGAAUAUUCGAUUCUGCAGAAGAGAAUAUCUGCAUCCGCCUCAGCGGCGACGCCAUCAAGAUCGGGUUCUUACCAGAGCACACCAGCCUUCAAUCAACGGCUGUAUUCUACUAAUACUCGACCGCAACCGUCUGGGCCUGGCGGACAACAGUACUAUGCAGGCCGCCCGUCAACGUCGACUCCCUAUACACCUGGAACCCCACACCAGUCUUACGCUGCUGGCCCCCGCCCACAAGCAUCCCCUUCUCAAAGACCCAGCAAUGUACCAGGAUAUCCACCUGGACAAUACCCUCCACGACCGCCUACUCAAAACGGCUAUGGCGGCUAUACGGGGCAGCCCGGUGCUUCACCGAACCCAGGCUACCAACAAAGCCCAGCAUAUGGAGCUGGACGAAGCGCAUCGCCGCAAAAGCCUCCAAUGUACUCGACACCUCAAAGCCACACGCGCACAGCGUAUCUGAACCCGGCGUCGGGAAACCCUCAACGGUACUAUCCGCAGCAGCAACCACAACAGCAGCAGCAGGGGUCCCAGUCACCUGCCAUGUAUGGAAACUACCCAUCAACACAGACUCCUCCUCAGUACUCGAGUUCGGCAGCAACCGCGAACUGGGCUCGUAACGCCGCCGAGCAGGCAAUUCGAAUGGCGCAAACCAAGGCUCAAAUGGAGGCCCAGGCGCGACAGGCCUCUGGCACACCGAAUCCUUCACAGACUGCCGGACAAGGCGGGAUGAACGAGGGAAGCGCCAGUCCGGCUAUAAAGAAGAGUGCCACUCCAACGUCGGCGGCUACGUGA